UUGAAGGCCGUGACAGGGUACCUAUCACAGGCAGACUCAGGCUAGUCAUCACCUGAAAAAAGCAAUUUAUGCUGUUAAUUUUCCCACUUUCUUGGUGUUAACAAAACUCUAUUGAAAUAUGAGCAAACACUUUGUGCCCAUCGUCGCUCGCAACGACGAGACUCAAGAAUUCGAGCUGCAAGAAGAUGCCCUGCGGAGCGUCCUGCUGAGCUCUGAAGUGGGCGACAAACCCGUCUGUGUGGUGGCGGUGGCGGGGGCGUUCAAGACCGGCAAGAACGUCCUUGUCGAUUUUCUCGUACAAUACUGCAAUCAUAAAGGAUCUCCAAACUGGUUGGACGAAGUCCCGAGGCCGCCGCCUAAAUGGGAGAUUGACGAGGUACCAGGCAUUUACAUCUCGAAACAGCCAUUCCUCCUUGCUAAAUCAACGGGCGAAGAAGUUGCAGUGAUUCUCAUGAACUGUCAAGGCCUUUUCUAUUCGGAUCAAGGGAAAGUAACGAAACAGAACUCGACGUCCCUUCUCGCCCUUGCGUUGUUGGCCUCCUCCGUGACUGUGUACAACCUCAUGAUCGACAUCUCGGAUAAGAACCUCGAAGACUUGCACAUCUCCAGCCGAUAUGCAGUUUUGGCCGGGUCUUGGAACCAUGGCAGGCCAGCAUUCCAGAAGCUGAUGUUCCUCGUACGCGACUGGAACCCUACCAAUCAGCAAAAAUACGGCUACAAAGGCGGUCAAGAAAAACUUAAAGCGAUACUAAGCGUGAAGCAAGAACAGGACCUGGCACAACAGUUGCUGCGAAAGGAACUUCUUCAGAGUUUCGAGCAACUGGAGUGCUACCUCAUGCCGAGCUACGGCGUUGAGACCUGCGAGGACGGCCGACCGAAAAAUGAAUAUAGCAAGCAAUUCGUGGACUAUAUGAAGCAUCUGAUACCGCGCCUCCUGGCCCCUGAGAACCUCGUGGCGAAGUGUGGACAACCCGCCUCCGCCUACGGACUGGUCGACCUCUUCAAGAAGUACAUGGCCGACUUCAAGAAAGGACAUCUACUCAAGGAGGACCAGGAUAUCUCGCGUGCUCCGGAGGCUUCUCUCCAGAUGUCGCCCUAUCCACACGUGUCAACGGGCGGAGCUGUCGCUGCGCAAAAAAAUACGGGCAUCCACGACAGGCAUCCAUCCAAUACAGAAAAUGAAGAACGCAGCACCGAAGCCGAGAAGAUCAAAGAGCAAGAUUUGCCUAAACUGUUGUUCCUGGCGUGCAAACCUCAGCAUGAGGCUCACAAUGAUGGAGACGACAGCUGCGCCAUGUGCGGUCUCCUGGAGAAGUUUGAGGAGUCUAUGGCGAUGGAAAACGUAGAACCAUUGGAAAUGGCGCUGAAUGAAAAGAAGUUAAGGAUGUGCAGAUUAGGAGUGACGUCCACGAGCAACCAAGACACGAUUUCUCCUCUGGAAGAGGAACUUCUGUCGUUCGCCCAGGUGUCGGAAAAUAUGGGUUAUCAAGUACCAACAGAACUGCAUAAAAUUACCGAGAAAAUAAUUAAUAACAAACGUAUCGAUGAUUUUUCCUGCGUAGGAAGUUCUUGCGUCAAUCACAGCAGAGGAAACUCUUCUACUAUCAGCAAAAAACAUUACCUGGCCUACACCUUCAACGAGAAACUUGGUGAAAUUUGUGACUCCUUGUCUGCCGAAGAAGUUUAUGCAAUGAAGACCGUCAUCACACGACCGAACGAAAUUGAACAUGAUCUGAAGAAAAUUUUGAUGGAGGUUUCAGUAAUCAAAAGUGCUGAAAGUUUGAAAGCGUCCUCAGAGAUGAAAGAUGUCGCAUUCUACUACAUGAUUCUCCUAAUGUUGAAAAACCAAUUAUUGAAUAGCAUCUACACCCACGAGCUUGAAGAAUGCUUGCAAAAAGCACGAUCUUCGCUAGAUCAUCCUGCGUUGCGAGAGCACAUCGAUCGAGCCGUCAGCCAACUCAGAACAUAUAAAAUCCCACGUAAUCCUGCCGGAAUUUGCGUCAUAUUCGCCGUGGACGAAAAUCGCAAAGGAAACAUGCACGACGUGAGGGCCGUGCAGGAUCUGUUUACGGAUGAAUUCAAUUACGAUGUAAUCGUCACACUCGAUCCAACAAAAAAAGAUGUGGAGACCGUCAUCUCAGAAAUCAGUCAACCACGGUACAUGUUCUACGGCAGCUUGGUGGUCUGGUUCAUGGCUCAUGGCGACGAGACUCACCUCAAGGUCAAAGACGGCAAGAUACAUCGCCACGAUGACCUCAUGACGCCUUUCCAGGGGAUAACGUGGCUUACAACGAAACCCAAGCUCUUCUUCAUUCAGGCUUGUGCAAACCGAAAGCGAAAAAGAGAUGAUGCCGAACCCGAUAGUGAGAGGAUUGGAAACGUUUUCGGCGAGUACGUUGACAUCAGGAUCGACAGCAGCUUCGCCGAUACGCUGAUCUGCUACCCCACCGUGUGGGACCAACCGGCAAUGCGCUUCCAUGAUAAAGGCUCGGUGUUCAUCCAGAUAUUGGUCGAUGAGCUGAAGCGGAAGGGCACAACGACAAGCAUCGAGAACGUAUUACGAGACACCACCCAGCGCGUGAGCGCCUUGUUGCUUGAUGGUGAAAACGAUGUCCCAUUCAAGCAGACGCCUUACUACGCGUCUUCUCUGCGGAAUAAGUUCAUCUUCCCCAAGAAAACAGAAUAAGAAGAAUAAUGUGAAAUUAGACAUGACACUAGAGGCUUUCUAAUCAGUCAUGCCAGUCAGUCAUGCCAAUCUCCGAUGAAGAAAUUGGGUGCUCAAUCAUUUCCGAUCAUACGAUCAUUUCAUAAUUUGUUGAACAAAAUUGAAGAAAUAAAUUUCUUAUUAUAAUAUUUAAAUUCACCAUUUCCGUAACUUGAAAUAGAUGGAUUAACCUGUUUAAAAGGUUUGAUAACUGCGUCAUAUUUUGGGUGAAAAAUUAGGAUUUUCCGAGACAAAACAUUUCUGAUUUGCCGGAUUGCUUGCUGCUUUUUGGGAAAGGUCUCUAAAGCUUACCUGUUUAUGAAAAUAAUCACACAUAAGAGGCUUUAAACAUCGAAAAAAUAGAUCCCCAAAUUUUCAUAAUAUCAAUCGCGAUAUAACUGCCAAUAAACUUGAAAGCUAUCAUUUUUCUACAGCAGAUAACGGAUUCUAUGUAAUCUUAAUUUCUAUGGAGUUUGUAGGUGAUAACAUAAAUAACACCACGAGGUUGCAGUUCAGUAUAAGGCCUAUACAGACGCUUCUUGCAUAUCAGUUAAUCCUAUUAGUUAUUUAGAAGUAACUCGUCUGAACUUGUGAACAAAUUAGAGACAUUUUCAAAUGACAAGUAGACGUUUUGCUGCUCACAUCUUGAUAGAAGUUGCGACAAAUGGAUUCACCUCAAACGUCACCAAUACUUCAAAUUUAGAGAUCUCAUCCACAAUUUUUCGUCUCUCCCGCAUUCCGAUUUUUAGUCAACCAAUCGUCACCAAACGUUUGUUUAAAAUUGAAUUAACCUGGACUUACUAUAGCAGAAUGAACAUCAGAUUACCAUUUCAUGCCUUUUCAAUGAAACCAUUUGGUUUUCACUAACGUUUCGUUUCUUAUGUUAAUUUUUGUGAGUCCCGUUAGAUUACUGUUUUUUCAUCUAUACAUUACCAAUUAAUUCCAUGAUCAUCCGACUAGCCUUCCUAGAUUCCCUGACCACACGACUUGCCUUCCUUUAAACAAAAAAAAUCUAUAGUCAGUUUAAAUUAUAAAUAAACUAACUACAGUUUAGCCGUAAGUGCCUGGGAUAUUUAAUUGACAUUGUAACUAUAAUAUCUUGAUUAAACAUUGUUAGCGUGCCUCUUAUAUCGCAGGCUUGCAUUAAAUCGCUUCCUAAUUCUUCAUAUAAGGAUCCGCAGACAGCCAUACAUGUCAGCUAUGAAUGUAUUUAAAUUGCUAAUAACUCACCGAAUCUGGAUGUCCUAACCAACUCAGUUCCCUGAGUGUAUCCUCGUGUCGUGUAUUUUUGUGGAGCUUUAUUGAUGAAUUGCAUGAACUACAUUUUGCCGGUGAGAUAAAGCCAGUAGUGAAAGUCUUGCAUAUUGUUUGUAACAGUUGCUCAAUGGUACUAUGCUCUAAAAAUAUAAUAUUAUUACUGAA